GACCCGACGGGCGGGUUCGUCAACUACAUCAGCCAGUCGGCGGCGACCAGCAAGGGCCUGGCCAAGGUGGUCAACGGGCAGGUGUGGCUGGGCGCCGACUCGACCAACAAGGUGUCGACGUCGUCGCAGGGCCGCGACAGCGUGCGCCUCGAGUCGGUCGACUCGUUUACCUACGGCCUGCUGAUCGCCGACAUGGCCCACAUGCCCGGCAACGCCUGCGGCAUCUGGCCUGCGUACUGGACAUACAACUUUGACGAAGACCCGUACGGCGAGAUCGACAUCGUUGAGGGCGUCAUGAAUCAGCCGAACAACAUUGUGUCGCUGCACAGCUGCGGCGCGUGCUCGUUCAACUUUAACAACCAGCCCGGCACGGACCCGCGGUCUAACUGCAACCUGGGCGGCGAGUCCAACGGCUGUCCCGAGACGGACAACACCAACUACGACGGCUGCGGCAACACGGGCCCGUCGGGCUCGUACGGCGACAAGUUCAACGCGGCGGGCGGCGGCAUCUACGCGACCGAGGUGACGGCGUCGUCGCUCAAGAUCUGGUACUUCCCGCGGGCGUCGAUUCCUGCAGACAUCACGGCCGGCAAGCCCGAUCCGACCAAAUGGCCCGCGCCCUUCCUCGACGCCGAGCAGUCCAAUGGCGGGUGCAACGUCGGCAAGUUCUACAAGAAGCAGUCGAUUAUCAUCAACAUCACUUUUUGCGGCGCCAGCAUCGACCAGGACACGUGGGACUCCGCGUCGACGUGCAAGUCCAAGGCGUCGAGCUGCAAGGCCUUUGUCGCCAACAACCCGUCGGCCUUUAGCGAGGCGUAUUGGCUGUUCAACUACAUCCAGCUAUAUCAGAAGUGA